UGCACGGUUGUCAUUUUCUGCGAUGUGUUAAUAAAUGUAAUUUAAUAAUAUAUUAUUUUUGUACUUAUGCUGUGAAAUGUAUCUAAAACUUUAUAAUUGUCACUACUGAAUAUUUUCCGCUUUUUAGACAGCGCUUCAUUAUAUAUAUUGGUGGGAAAUGCAAAACUAAAAAGUAAGAAAAAAGUUUUUUAUUUGGAAAAUGUCGAAUUUUUUUCGACCAUGGAUGGAGGCACGACCGUCUGCACCUGUGCAAGCACGUGUAAUGUUGCAAUUGAAUAACAACAGGCAGGACCACUAUGAUACGGAAAAUACAUGCAAGAACAAGACACCACGUAAAGGAAAAGGAUUUUUUGAGCUGAAGCAUUCACAAAGGGCAGAAAGAAAAAGAAAAUACCAAAGUGCUUUUCGGGAUGCUUCAAGUCUUGUCCACUCUGAUGUUUCAUCCAUCAAAGUUCAGCUUAAUUUCAAUAAUGGACAAGUUUUAUCCUUUUUUCCUCGCAAAGUGUCCCCUCAUGAAAAUGGUACUUUGGAAAAUGAAGGUUUAAAGAAUGCUAAAGACCUUGAUGUAAUUCAAAAAGUGAUAGCGGUCAAGGACAAGUUCAGAAUUUCUGAUGAAGCUUUACACGAAUUACACAUGAUUGGUUCAAUUAUUCCAAGCAAGUCAGCCAUCAAUGAAGAAAAAAUCCGUCUCAACACAACUCUGGAGAUAAUGAGCCAUCCCUCGGCAGACUGCAGUUCUAGAAAGUUAGAGCACAUUCUAGAGUUUGUUCUGCAACACCAAAAAUACCAGAGGUACAUUGAGAAUGCUACUGUUACCCUGCGUUUUUCAUGUGACGGUGCUAAAAUUGCAAAAAAUAUCUCCUCUGUAAGAGGGGUGUUCAAGAUUUUAGCACCAAGACAGCCAUUGCCAGAUAGUCUUCAAGAUUUGAGCAUGUGCCCAGAGGAUGAAUUUACACUUUUCUUUUACAUUGGAGAAGAAAAUCGAUGCAGUAUAGAGGAGUUUGCCUCAGGGACAUUUAGAGACAUGGAAAAAAUUCAAUUAAAUGGAAUUGUCAUCAAUGGAAGAAAAAUUUCAGUAAAAUGGAUAAUGACUUGUGACUGGAAGGCACUUGCCUUACUUAGGGGUAUUAAUGGUGCUCAUUGUGACUUUUUCUGUAUGUGGUGUCACUGCUCCAAAAAGCAGAUAUGUGACUUCAGUAUUCCAUCAUGGUCAAUACAGAGAUCAAAAGAAGAACAACAAACUCUUCUAGACUCUGAUAAGAAAGCAUAUGGAUACAAAGACAAAGAUCUCUGCCCAUUUAUUGCAUACAGUGACAUGCCGAUUGAUGAUCUUCAUUUGCGGAUAAGGAUAUCUCUUAAGCUCUUCAAUCAGCUUGUAACUUGGGCAAUAGACCAGAAAUCUGAAGAAAAUUUGAAAAGGGAGCUGAAACGUGUAGGCGUCAGUUUCAGAAUGUGGGAAGAAAAGGGUGAUGAUAAAUUGAACACCAAAGUGAGGAAAUGGUCUCAGCCAACAGGUGAUGAUUUGCGAAAAAUUAUCAAGGACGUUCAAAUUCACCAUAUUCUGGACAAUAAAAAGGAUAGGCAUUAUGUAUCUAUAGAAAGCCUCUCAGUAAAUCAGCUGAAAGAUGAGCUUAACAACAGACACCUUUCCAAAAAAGGAAAAAAGCCUGCACUUGUAGCACGACUGAAAGAUGCUGUCGGAAAUAACACUAAGCUGAAGAGGAAUGUAGGCUCUCGUCUGCAGGUAUCAUAUGAUUUAUCUGAAGAUGAGGAACAGGACCUGAAUGUGGAAGCCCUGCAAGAUCUCUGGUCUGAAUUCCAUGAGCUCAUGGAAAGUCUCCGGGCAUUACCUGGAACAGACAAUUACAAGGAUGUUAAUACUUUUUCAAAAGAAGCAAAAGAAUGGGCUACUGAAUUUAGAAAGCAAACUGUUGAUGAAGAUGUAAUCCCAUACAUUCAUGCUAUGGUUUAUCAUGUACCACAGUUUCUGCAAAAAUUCCAUUACUUGCAUGAUAUUGGGGUUGCUCAAGUUGAACGUAAAAAUUUUGAUCAUCGCCAAGCAUACUUUGGGAGCACUAACAGAAAUGGGUCCAAAAGGAAGAAACAUGUCUCAAAGCAGAUUCUUGAAAGGGAAAAUAGAAUGCUAUGGUCCAGUCUGUAUGGAACUGUACGUGAAAAACGGAAAUAUGUUAAGUCUGCAGCAGAAGGGGAGUGAGUCAAAUUGCAAAAAAAGCAAGAAAUGUUAUUUUUUAGGAUUACCGUCGUUUAGCUACAGUCCCAGUAACCAUGUUUCUUCGAGACCUCGUAAAGGUUUCAUGAAUCCAUGAUGGUCCACGAACAUAAAGUACGACGGGGUCACAUAACUCUGGUCGGUUCUCUUCAGCAUCUUUCCAGUUGCAUCUAAACAAAUAUUAUUAUUAUAAAGCACAAUUUUAUUAUUACCAUGCAAUAUUUGUUUACAAAUCCACAAUGCUGAACAAAUUUUGGAUUUCUAUGAAUAGAAUUGUUAUUCCUGUGUAAAAUAAUAUUGUGUAGUCACACUUUUAGUAGAACUGUUGUUAUUGUUGUUGAUAUUAUUAUCAUGAUUAUAUACACAAACAUAAG